GUUGGGAUGAAUGAUUCCGGAAGGAAUGGAAUGAAAAAUGAACUAUAUUAUGGACAAUUGUUAACAAAUUUCAUUCCUUCCUCCAUUCCAUUCCUUACAUUAUGUGCUAGAGAUCAUACUUUCAAUUUGAGAUGGAAUACUCCAUUCUCUCCUACCCCCAUUUCUUCUCAAAUCUUAUCAUAGCAAUUUGCCCUCACUUACAUUUAUUCCAAAACUUCCCACCUAUCUCUAUUAGUUCCAAGUAAUUUUACUCAUUCAAUUCCAUUCCAUUCCAUUCUCCCCAACCAAACACAUUAUACUUUCCGACUCCUUGUUCAGAGGAUUCAAUUCAAUAAUGUCGUUCGUUUCCUCCCUCGUUGGAUCUCCGAUACCUUCUUCUUCUACGCGCAAAAUGGUCAGGAAAAAUCUCGAGAUAAGAGCAGCUGGGAGCACAUAUGGAACAAAUUUUAGGGUGACCACAUUUGGAGAAUCCCAUGGUGGAGGUGUUGGUUGUGUGAUUGAUGGUUGUCCACCUCGCUUGCCUCUCUCCGAAGCUGAUAUGCAGAUAGAGCUCGACAGAAGGAGACCAGGUCAGAGCCGAAUUACUACGCUUAGAAAAGAGACUGAUACAUGCACUAUAUAUUCCGGUGUUUCUGAAGGAUUGACUACUGGCACUCCUAUUAUGGUUAAAAUUCCGAAUACAAAUCAGCAAGGAGAUGUUUAUAAUGAAUUGUCAGUAGCUUAUAGGCCGUCUCAUGCUGAUGCAACGUACGAUUUCAAAUAUGGGAUGAGAUCAGUACAGGGUGGUGGAAGAUCAUCAGGUAGAGAAACAGUAGCGAGAGUUGCAGCUGGAGCUGUUGCUAAGAAAAUUCUUAAGCUGUUUUCAGGAACCGAGAUUCUUGCUUAUGUCUCUCAAGCCCAUAAGAUCGUACUGCCAGAGGAUUUGGUUGAUCACGAGGCUCUGACACUGGAUCAGAUUGAGAGUAACAUUGCAAGGUGUCCGAAUCCUGAGUAUGCCGAGCAGAUAAUUGCUGCCAUUGAUGCAGCUCGAGCACAAAAUGAUUCUGUUGGUGGUGUUGUCACGUGCAUCGUGAGAAAUGUUCCACGUGGUCUUGGCACGCCUGUAUUUGAUAAACUUGAAGCUGAGCUAGCUAAAGCUGCUAUGUCUUUGCCAGCUUCUAAGGGGUUUGAGAUUGGCAGUGGUUUCUCAGGUACAUUUUUGACUGGCAGUGAGCACAAUGAUGAAUUCUUCAGAGAUGAACAUGGCCGAAUCAGGACAAGAACAAACCGGUCUGGCGGGAUACAGGGUGGCAUAAGCAAUGGAGAAGUUAUCAGUAUGAGAAUAGCCUUUAAGCCAACACCUACAAUUGGAAGGAAGCAAAACACAGUUACCAGAGAUAAGCAAGAGACAGAGCUCACUUUCCGUGGUCGCCAGGAGCCUUGUGUUGUCAUAAGAGCUGUUCCUGUUGUCGAAUCUAUGGUGGCUCUCGUGCUUGUCGAUCAAUUGAUGUCACAGUUUUCCCAGAAUGAGUUAUUCCCUAUCAAUACAGAUCUUCAAGAAUCAACUGCAAAUCACGAGCUAGCUAGCCUACUUCUCUGAAAGGGUGCACUUUGAUUUCGAAAUUUUGUCCGUAGCAUUAGCAAGGCUUCAGUUCUAGUAUCUUCUUUUCCUAUUGUUCUAUGAUUGAAAUUUGGACCUGCACUGUGGUGCAGAGGAUUCAAUAACAUAUCGACAAGAUUUAUUA